UGUGUUCUCUUUUCCUGCGGACUUGGAAUAUGUCAUGGAAUCUUGAUUAUUUGUGUCUUGGACCGUUAUCUCUAUCAUUUUGAAUGAUUAUGUUUGUUUUUACUUUUAACGACCAAAAAGUAUUUCAAGAACGAUGGUGGCAGUGAGGUGCAGCUCGAAGUACUUACUGAUUAUUGGUAUAAUCAUCAAUGUUCUCUUCAUCGGUUUGACGCAGGUCCUCUACAUUUCACGAUACUUUAAAAAGUCGUCGUUUUCUUCUACGUCAUUUUCGUCAUCGUCAUCGAAUAAGUCGAAACAAAUUGAAAAAUCUCGAUAUAUGUUUAUCGAUAAAAGAGAUGUGACGGAUCUAGGUCCCAUUUUCAAAAUCGAUAUCAAGAAUGUAAGUGGCACCCCUAUGCGACCUUCCAUUAAGCAUAAACACAUAAACGAAAUAAUUGAAAGUAGUCUUAUGAAACCCGCAAGGACUAAAGAACAGAUGAGAAAGAUAAACGAACUAAAAGAGAAAAUUGCAAAGGAAAUUAAAUUUAACCCUAACUCCCAAGGACGAAACAAAAAUGGAGACCCCAUAGAAAUUCCGAUAUCACCUGAGAAGUUCUGCCGACCUUCGUCCACUGCCCUGACCUUGGCACGUCGUCUCCUCGUGAUCAUGGUCACGUCACACGUGAAGGAUGUCACAGUUCGCGAGGAAAUACGCCAAACCUGGGCAGAUGUACCGGAAGUGAACUCGGGCCAAGUGCGUGUCGUGCAUCUGCUUGGUAUGAUAACGGAAAAUGGUGAGACCACACAAUCCCUGAUCGAACACGAAGCCGAAGACUACGAUGAUAUCGUCCAGGGUGCCUUCAAAGAUACUUACAAGAAUCUGACCACCAAGACGUUAAUGGGGCUGCAGUGGGCAUCGACUCAGUGUGGCAGUUCGUUCAAGUACUUCAUGAAAACUGACUCAGAUGUGUACGUUAAUCUUCCAAAGCUUGCAGAACAUCUAGCUGGAUUGAAAAACUGGGAAAAACCACGCGCCUUCGGGAGAAAGUGGGUUGAUGUGAAACCCAUACGAUCACCACUUCACAAAUGGUUCGUUCCUGAGAGAGAAUACCCUGGAUCCACCUACCCACCUUACUUGGGUGGAUCAGCCUACGUGAUUACGUCACUAGCGGCUAGGAUGGCUUACCACGAGGCUCGAUCAACAAGGCUUGUCCGUCUGGAGGACCUGUUUGUUGGAAUAUGUUUCAAGAAAGCAGGGGUACAACUCAGCGAUGAGCCACGAUUCAGCGUAUCCCUCAAGAAGAUCGUGUCGAAACCAUGUGAUAUCCACUCACUUUUCACGCACCACGGUGUGAAAUACUACGAUUUGCAACACCUCAAAGUGACGCAAGAUCAUCCAGACCUAUGCGUCAAUGUGACUUCGGCGGACUUAACCCCCUAGCACAUGAAACGUCAUACUGAUGACGUAGGACUGUGUCAGCGGCUGACGCAGUCUUUGACACGCAAUGCGAGAGUUAAGUCGCAUAUAGAGUGAAUGUAGAUUAAGCAGUGCAACCAUUGAUUGGAAUUUAUGGCGCAUGCACUAAUAAUAAGCCACUUCAAAGAUAACACUUGUACAAAAAGACCCCAAAUCCACAGCGAGUGUGUCAUGUGACGAUUUACUGACAAUCAUUUCAUAUACCAAUUGAGGGCAGUCACUGGGCAAAAUACACGACAGCACAGUUUAGAUUCUUUGAUGAUAGUGUCCUAACACGGUUUUCCAGGAAUAAUUUUAGUCGUUGGUGGAUAGAGUGAAUUACCAAUUACGAAAACAUUAGAUCACUGACAUCGGGAUUGUACAGGAUUAACAUUUGUGUGGGCUUAAUCUUAUAUACAGCGAACUUGUUGGCUUCCCCCCCCCCCCCCCCCCCAUUCAACGUGGUCUGGUGACACCUCUUGGAGUAUAGUGAUCUCAAGCGAACCAAAAAGUUCAAUUAAGAAUUACGGCUACCCGCACCUAAUUAUAUGACCUAAAUUCUGAUCAAUUUGGUAAAUAAUCUUGCAAAUAGGCAUGGCUAUCCUUGUGUAGUUUCAAGAUCAAAUGGGGAUAUAAAACAUGUUUUUUAUGAUAUGAUUACAUAAUGUUCCAUUUUAAUUGGUUUCAUCGAGGUUAUCGCAGCCAUCACAAUAUUAAUGAUGACGCCGAAUACUGGUCCAUCAUCCAUAAACCAUAAUGUUUCAUAAUAAAAUGAGCCUGUCUUGCUUAACAUAA